AUGUCCAAAAGAUUUGCAACAAUUGAUGAUGCUGUUGCAAAAAGAACAAGAAGCUCUUCAAAAUUAUCAAGGGGAUACUUUCACAGUCAACCUGAUGGAAUUGACUCAUUAUCAUCAAAUUUUACAAGAGUUUCAAAAUCCAAACUCUUAACCGGAAUCAAACCUAUGGUGAAUUUGAAAAGUGACUGUGGUAACAUUCGUCGAACUACUAGAAAAGAAACACAUUUAUUUGAUGGACCAGAUAUUAAUGUGGGCUAA